CUCAUUUCACAUAAAGCAGGUGUAGUUUGUCAUGGUUAUUUCCAGGCUCUAGGGAAGCAAGUUGCUUGAAUCAGACAUGACAACCAGCUGCGCAGACUUCAGGAAAACCAUUCAGCAGACUUCAGCAGAGAUAGAUCAAGUGGCUUGGCUUUAAAAACCUCACCCAGAGCAGCAGUUUGCAGCGGCCAUUUCAAAGAAACCAUCACAAAGACAAGAGAAAGAUCAGAGAAGCACCCACUGCCAAGAUGCUGCCACCCUGCCUUCUGAGAAGAGCCAUCCUUACAGUUCCUUUAGUUUUUGUGGUUGUACUACUCUUCAUGGAGCCUGUUAGAGCUGAUCAAGAAGCAGGAACAGCCAUACCAGCUGAAAGCCGUCCCUGUGUUGAUUGCCAUGCAUUUGAGUUCAUGCAGAGGGCUCUGCAGGAUUUAAAGAAGACAGCAUAUAACCUAGACACACGGACAGAAACUCUGCUUCUUCAGGUGGAAAAGAGAAAUCUGUGUGACUGUGUAGCUGUCAAUCUACUGAACUAAAUCCUGGAGGCCACCAAGGAGAGUCACCUGUUCAGCAGUUUUUAAAAUGCAGCUGUAUAAAAUACAGCUUUAUGGAAUUAAUGUUGCAAGCAUGUAUGCCCCAAUGUACCGGUGAAAUUAGGGGCCUGUGUCUUAUGUAUUUGUCUGCUCUGUAUUUUUUUAAAAGAGUACCCUCUUUUCACACUUGCUGGAUUGCCAGUAAUGGCUCAAUUCAAUAAAUCUGUUACUUAAUAUUAGAGUGGGGGAAAAAUGUACCUGCUUUGAUUUUUAAAUCAGAGUUUGCCAAGUGUAACCCACAAGAUAAAUUUGGCCAACAGUGCUGUAGAGACACUUGCAGCUGUUUUUUGUCUCCAAUAUGAACAUAUCUCUGUGGUAACUUACCCAGUUAUAUUGAGACAGGACACUGUGGUCUCUGUAGGCUUUGCUUGUGUAUUACAGAUGAUGGAAGUCCUUUCUGUUUGUUGUCUGCACUGUGACAACCUUGAGGCAUGUUGUAGUUCUGUCAGCUAUAAUGAGGUGUGUGUCAUGAGGAGUUACAUGUGUGCUGUGCUUGCACCAAACCAGUUUAUAUCUCAGUGCUGAGUUUUCUGUUAUCCUGCAUAAGAGUAUUAUUUUCUUCAAUUAAAGUGUUUAGUUUCUUCCCCU